UAACUUAGUUCAACUCUUCGUAAACUUUAAUCAAGCGAGCUGUUUUGCUCAUCAAAAGAUCAGUUGAACCUCGCAUAUUUAAAACACCAAGUACUAUCAAAAAAAUUCUCAACAUGCUUCAGUAAUCAGCAUUACGCACUUCGCUUUUGAAUAAAAAUAUCUUGAUACAGUAAUUAAUUUUCAAAAGUAAAUCGAUAUUUUGUCGGUCGGUUUUUUUGUCUUUGUUUGAUUGUUUUCAAUUAAAUUUACAAGAUAUUUUGGCAAGUUUGGAACUUCGUACCAUCUUUAUACGUGCUUUACAAAAUUUUUUGUGAACAAGAUGUCAACUUGGUUGGACCAGUCAAACAUUCUUGGCGUUUCGGUCAACUUUUUAAAAGAGUUCAAACAGCACCAUCUGACAACAUCUGGUAACGAGCUCUGCUGGACAAAGUCCGAAUGCCUGGAAAAAGCGAUAAUUCCACGAGCCAGCGAAGGCAAAUGCAGUUUGGCGAAGUUGGAGGAGAGAAACAUGGACUCGAAGGGCAACAUUCACUCAGGGAUAGCGAAAGUGCUGUGGAUGUACCCCCAUGACACAAGUAUGGUCAGACUAAUUGAAGAAGCUGCAAACUACGAAGCAAAAAUUUCAAAGCAGUCUUCGCUAUUUCACUACAUUGAUGUUUUCUGCGACAACCAAUUUAUAGCGGAAAAUGAGCGUCAAAAGAUAUACAGCGACGUCAUCAGCCGAGUCGACGCUCUGGUCGUGAUGCUAGAUGACCCCGUGAACCCAUUCUUUGUUGAGACCCUCUUCAACACCUGGAUACUAUAUCAAGCACUCAAGACAUCGACCAAAGUCACGUUCAUCACUCCCAAAGCCAAUCUCAAAAUACUAAUAGACCAUUUGGCCGAGAAACCAGAAAGGAUAUUCGAAGUACUUCGCAAAAUUGUGGUUCCGAGGAGGUUUUUUCGAAAGUACUCGAGCGAGGAGUUCUGCUUCUCGCAGAUGAAGGGAGCUGCAAUGAGCAAAGCAGAAAUUCUGAUGAACAAUUUCUAUGAGAAGUGGAUCGUCAAAAACUGCAAAACCACCAUAAAGUCGUACAAGGAGAAAAACGAAAUCGGAUCCAAGCUCCUUCUGAUGUCCUUAAACGUGGGCAUCUACCUCUUGACCUCCAAAAACAUCCAAGAUGCAGAAUUCUUCCUAUGUUUCUGUCUUCAAAACUACUCUGAAAACGAGCAUUUUGCGAAAAAGCAUGGGAAAAAUGCGCGAGUUAAACACGCGCAGUUGCUACUAGCACAGAAUGAGCCGGAAAAGGUUCUUGAAGUCGCAAACAGGGAACUUGAAAUCAUCUUAGGAAAUGACUCACACCAAGACGAGGGCCUGCUCACAGUCCUAACAGUAUGUAACGUCCAUGUUCAAGACUUCCUGCAAGCCGCUCAUUGGGCGAAAAAACUGACCAAUCACAAACAGAAUGAGUUAAUAUCACUGAAGGAAAACACAGAUAUCUUUGGAACAAUGUCUGGAAUUGGAGCGCAAAAGACGGCAAAAAGACCGGAAGAUUUCACGACGUUGCAGCGUGAAUACAAGAUGACCUUGAACGAAAGUGACAGAUACCAUUUGUGUCGUAUUGAGGUGGCGGAAGUGAUGGCUCUUCAAGGUCAGCUGCAAAUGAGGGCGGAAUUAUUUGAGGAGGCCGUCGAAUCAUUUAACAUGGCAACAAUUUUCUAUGCUGACAUCUUCGGAAAAAUUGACCCUCUGGUUGCGAAAUCGAGAUUAAAUUUGGAUGAAGCUAGAUCGAAAGUGAAAGAAAAUGCUCCACCCUAAUUCCAAUUAGUCUCCCAGAGACCCUAAAUAUAUAAAUUUGAGGAAUUUGAUAAUAGAACAUAAUUUAGUGCGAAAAACGCAUCUUUUUUUUUUUCAGUAAACAGAACGAUAUGUAUUGAAAAAAAUGGAGCAGUUCUAAUUAUUUAAUAAAA